AUGCAGCAGCAGCAGCAGCAGCAGCAGCAGCAGCAGCAGCAGCAGCAGCAGCCGCAGCAGCAGCAGCAGGCGAUGCUCGUCCCUUGCGCGGGCUGCGGCCAACCUAUGACCCGCUGCUGCGGUUGCCGCACCGCCGGCGCCGCCGCCGAGGCGGCAGCUGGCGCGGGCGCGGCUGCAGGCUGCCGAGCUUCCAUUUCAAAGCAGCCGCUGUUCUCUUCCAGGCCAUUCGAAGUCAGCUUCGCCGCCAGCAUCGCCGCCCCCGCGGCGGCCGGGCCGGAGGCGCCCGCCACCCGAGGCUCCCCGGAGCAGCCACAGCGGGCCGCGGCUGAUGCUGCCGAGGAGGCGGGCUGUGGGGCUGUCCAGCAAGACAGCGGCUGUGCCUACCCUGUCACGCUUCAGAAUGCGUCCGCGCCGCCGCCUGACCGGGGAGCAGCGGCUGCAUUGCGCCCACCGUCCGCAGCCCUUCCGUCCGCAGCGCCGUCGCGGCUCGCGUCGUCGCAGCAACAUGAGGGCGGCGGCGGCAGCGGCGGCGGCAGUGGGCUCAGCGGCGCGAGCAGCCGGUUCCAGUCGGGCCGGCUGCGAUCUGAGGACAUGACCAAUCUGGCCUCGGCGGCUCGGAAGUUACCAGCUGCAGCAGCAAGUCAGCUGACUGCCGCGGGCUGCCCGGCGGAUCCGGAAUUUGAAGGGGCGGGCGGCGCCUUGAACCUCCAAGACCUGGCCAGCCGCCUGGAGCUGUCAAUUCCGGGGGAUAAGCAGGAGGCAGUGGCCGGCCAGCGGGGCGAGUGGGCGGCUGCGGCAGCGGCGGGCGGGGGCGCGAGCGGGCGCUCGAGGUACAGUCAGCAAGAGGUGGGGGGUGGGUACGAGCUGGACAGCAGCAGCGAGGGGGAGGGGGGCGAGGACGGCUUGGAGGGGCGCGGCCAAGAGGCAGAUUCUGAAUCGGACGAGGAGGCAGAGGAGGGCGAGCUCUACCCUAGGGUUUUCAUCUGA